GUAUCAUAAAUAAAUCAAAUGUAUUUAGUGCACAGGAACGAAACAGUCAAAACGUAGGAGAUGUAGAAGAAAACUAUAAAUACAUUAUUCAAGGGGCCUGAACUUCAUCGUUGGUUGUUCGCCAGCCAAGCGAAAGAGCUAAAGGGACGCGCGUUUUCUGUGCAAACAUGCAGUCGCUGUUUUCUUGUGUCUUACUGUUAAUUUCAGCAUUAUUGCUGGAAGUACCUAUCGCUUCAGGCAAAGCAAAACACCAACUGAAACACGAUGUCACGGAUGCAUUUAAGAUGUUUGAGGUCUUCCCUUACGCCAUUGCCGCGUUUGAUGCGGAUGACGAUGGAGAUCUGGACUGUGUGAUGGUCGUGCGGCAAGAUCUCGAUGAGAAUCGGAAGGCUGCUACCUACGUGAUUGUGCUGCCAUCCUUGAACGGACGUCAAGCAGAGAACCUCACCUACUAUUUAAGAGAAGGACCAGCAACUGACACAGUUUUCUUCACGCUGGAUGACGGAGCCGAAGGUAGGGGAACGGCGAAUUACAUAUAUACCAACUAUAAAAAUUGCGCCGUGGUGGACUUCCCGUUCAAGAAGAGACAAAGCUGUGGUCUAUGGGUCACGAAAGAUGUGUUGCACAGUUACCCGCAGGAAUGCAUUGACCAGUUUGAGGACAACUGCGACAAGGCGGUCGCGGUGUUCGACGACGAAACGUGCAAGGGUGUGUUCGACCAUAUCUAGAGCACCUCUCACGCAUUUGUAUUUUCACGAGUGUUCGGUCAUUGGUACCGAAUAAUAAAUU